CUUGUCUCCGCCCGGCUGCCUCCCUCUCACCUCCUCUCACCUCCUCAUUAUCUGAACUAUGCAGCCGCUCUCCGGGAGGUGUCCCGCGUGGAAGCAGACUCUGUGCGUGUCUGUGGAGCAGGCGAGGAACCCGCAUCAGAGGAACCCGCAUCAGAGGAGCCAUGAGGCCGGAGCUGACGCUGCUGUUGACGGCGUGUUUGCUGGAUGCGUGUGAUCUCUCACACGUGGAGGAGAUGAGGAGCCAGGAGCGGAUCUUCCUCAGCUCCCUCGGGCUCUCCGGGCCUCCCCGGGCCGCAGGGACCCACCUGCAGCCCCCGCAGGCCCGGGGCCACGUCCCCUCCGCGCUGUGGAGGAUGUUCCGGAGGUCCGAGAACCUCCGCACCCAGGAGAGCGAGCCCUGCACGGUGUCCGAGUACGGAGUCCGCGGCAACAUCAUCCGAUAUGUGCAGGACCAAGGCCGGCUGGUGUCGGGGAGGAGCAGCAGCUGUGAGGCCUGUGUGGAGAAGCAGCUCUUCUUCAACAUGUCUGUGCUGCAGCCUGUGGAGCUGCUGUCUCUGGCUCAGCUGGAGAUCAACUUCCACUGGAAACCCUUCAGAUCUGUGGAGCUCCUGCAGGCCCCCCGGGCCCUCGGCGUGUCGCUCUACAAAGUCACGCGAGCCACGUUGAGAGGAGCCGACCCGCAGGCCAACCGCAGACUCCUGCUGUCCCAGUCCGUCCAGCUGCAGCCUGAACCAGCCUCCAUCACCAUGGACCUCACCUCGCUGGCGGAGAACUGGCGCAAACCGGGACGCAACUACGGUUUGGUGUUGGAGCUGCUUCCUCUCAGUGCAGAGACGCAGGAUCUUCUUCCGUUUCACCCGGGCAACUCGCUCCCACUGGAACCAGCCCUGGCCCUGCCGCUGAUCCAGGCCUCGCUGGUCGCCGUGUCCCUCAACCCCCACCAGUGUCGCUCCAGGCAGAGGAGAAGCGCCGUCCACCUCCCGGUGACGCCCAGCAACGUGUGCAAGGCCCGACGCCUCUACAUCGACUUCAAGGAUGUGGGCUGGCAGGACUGGAUCAUCGCUCCGCAGGGCUACAUGGCCAACUACUGCCACGGCGAGUGUCCGUUCCCGCUCAGCGAGAGCCUGAACGGCACCAACCACGCCAUCCUGCAGACGCUGGUGCACUCCCUGGACCCGCACGGCACGCCUCAGCCCUGCUGCGUCCCCAUCCACCUCUCGCCCAUCUCCAUGCUCUACUACGACAACAACGACAACGUGGUGCUGCGGCAUUACCAGGACAUGGUGGUGGACGAGUGUGGGUGUCGGUGAAUGUGACCGACUGGCUCCCGACAAUGAAACGUUGUUUUUAAUGUUGAAUUCUUUCUGUUAAAUGAGUUUGAUUUGUCGGAUCGUGUUUUCAAUGUUGGUUUUUAAAAGAGUGUAAAAGAUUUAACAUGUUUGUUCUCAGGGAAGGUUCGAAAAAAUAUUGCGUUAAUAAAAGUACAAUUCACAAAACUCAGGGAGGUUG